AAGUUUUAAUAUGAGUUAAAUAAAUAUAAUAUUCGAUCCAAAUAGUUAAACUGAUGUUAGAUAUAAUAAUAUAUACUUUAUUUCUAUGUAGUGCUAGACUUAUUAGUUUUUUCUCUGAAAUGUACUAAAAUAUGUGUUUUAUAGUUAUGAAUAUUUUAAACACAGCAAAAAUUAUUUUUGUUAGAUAAUGGUUUUUAUAUGUUUUAAAUUGUUAAAUAUUCUACAUUUAUCUAUUUAUAUUUACUAAUAUACAAAUUAUCUUACAAUAUUGAUAAUUUGAAUGCAUAAUUACGACCGCAUUAAUUUGCCAAUAGUUAAUAUUAAUUCAAUUUUUGUUAGGUUCUUCAACAGGUACGGUCAUAUUGGCAGGUUUUAAUAUACAAUACUAACUUCUGGCUACUCAUCAACUGUUUGAUAGAGAUAUAUUAUCCUAAGAUUGUGUAUUUGUUUUAUCUUUAAGAGCAUAGGAUUUCGCGUCACAGAAAUCCACGAUGACUUGAGUUUAUUGUAUGUAGUAAUUAACUACAUGUAGUACUUCUUUAUCUAUGGUAGUAAAUAUUAAUCUACCUAUGUAUAAUGAAAUAUACAUAAUACAUACGGGUCUCAAUACGCAUCAAUAUUUAAAUAGGUAGGUAGUUAUAGUUCAUCAAAGCUUUGUGGUUCUUAUCAUUUUUGUGUUCCAAUAAAAAUUAAAACCAUGGCAACAAUUAUUAAACAACUUCGAUGGUAUUUAUAAAAUUAUUUGUUUUAUCAAUAACACUAAAUUAUCUCAGUAAAUAAUUGUCCUUUUAAGUGUACUUUUGUUAAAUAAUAUCAAACUAAAAUGGAUUACAUUGAUUUAAAAAAAUUAAGUGAAAUGCUGGAACCACCAACUGCAAAUUCUUCGGAUAGCGAAGAUGAUCUUCCGAAAUCAUCUUUAGUGCAACUGUGUAGGUCAAAAACAGGAAAAGACACAACAAUCUUGACAACUGAAUCUAUAAAAAAAAAUGAAGAAAAAAAUCAAAAAAAAAUCGAGGUAUUACAGUCGGAAGAAGAGAAAGCUAAGAAUAUAUGGCAAGAUGAAGAGAUCGUAGCUGCUCCAGAAGCUAUUGACGUUGUAUCAGACACUAGAGUUAGACCUGAAUAUGAUGUAAAGUAUCAACAAUUCGUGGGAACAGAAGAUGCGUUUCUACAAAUGGGUCCAAAGACUCCACUGACUUCCAGCUGUGAAGCGAUGGUGGUUGAAGUGAAAAUGCCAGGAGACCGUAUGCCAGGCAUUUGUACAGAUAUAACAGAAGACGCUGUUGAUAUCCGUAGUCCUAAAUAUAGAUUGCACGUGCCUUUUCCACAUAAUGUGCACAAACAAAUGUCGAAGGCUUCGUGGAAUUCCUCGACCAAUACUCUUACAAUAACUGUAUUCCUAAAACGUGAAUACGAUGAUAUAAAUUUCUGAUAUGUAAGGAUAAAAAUAUUAUAUAUUCUGAGCGGAGCGAGGGAGCUAGUGGUUUUACGAUGGUGUUUAUUUUUGUUUUGUUAAUUUUUUGUAUACAAAAUUU